GGCGGUGAGAGAGCAGACGCAGCGAGGGAGACCGCGCGGAGCGCAGGGCAGCUCCCGGGGCAACGCAGCAUCCCUGGCAGCGCUUAGCUGCGGGCUGGUUGAACACCGCUUCGGGCGACUUUGCAUGCGCGUGCGAAACCUUAGCUGGCCUCUGAUCUCCAGGGUCCGGUCUGGGGGCGGUUCCUGAUCUCCCAUAUUAGUGCCCGCCAACUUUGAAAAGGAGGACUUGAGUCCCGCAGAGGUUGAGACCUAAGAGGUAGAGAAGAAAGAGAGGAGAGAAAACGCAACUGAGGCCGAAGGCGAACGAACUCAUGUGGACCUCCUGAGCAGUUAAGAGGAGGACUGGACCUCUGAGAGCCGAGGCAGGACCUCGGAGGAGGUGUGGGCAAGGAGCAACGGAAGCGGUGCGGCCCGUGGGGCUGGGUCUGCUUGCACCUCGGGUCACGCCUCCUUGGCGAGAAGGCGCCUCGCCUUUGAUUGCUUCCAGUUACUGCAGAACUUCCUGCCCUGGCGGAGAAGCGGGUCUUGCUUGGGUCGCGCUUACUCCGGGUCUGAGACUGAGACUGAGUUCACACGGUGCUGGGCCCCCAAAGCCAAGUGGGGUUGGGGGAACAGAGUCUGCGAGUCCCGGCGCCCCGAGUGCAGGGCCCCGUGUUGGGGUCCUCCUUCCCAUUUGUAUCCGCAUCCUUGCGGGCUUUGCGCCUCCCCGGGGGAUCCCUCGCCGGGAGAUGGCCGCAUUGAUGCGGGGCAAGGACUCCUCCCGCUGCCUGCUCCUACUGGCCGCGGUGCUGAUGGUGGAGAGCUCACAGUUCGGCAGCUCACGGGCCAAACUCAACUCCAUCAAGUCCUCUCUGGGCGGGGAGACGCCUGCCCAGGCCGCCAAUCGAUCUGCGGGCACUUACCAAGGACUGGCUUUCGGCGGCAGUAAGAAGGGCAAAAACCUGGGGCAGGCCUACCCCUGUAGCAGUGAUAAGGAAUGUGAAGUCGGGAGGUACUGCCACAGUCCUCACCAAGGAUCGUCGGCCUGCACGGUGUGUCGAAGGAAAAAGAAGCGCUGCCAUAGAGAUGGCAUGUGUUGUCCUGGUACCCGCUGCAAUAAUGGCAUCUGCAUCCCAGUCACCGAGAGCAUCUUAACCCCUCAUAUCCCAGCUCUGGACAGCACUCGGCACAGAGAUCGCAACCACGGCCAUCACUCAAACCACGACCUGGGAUGGCAGAACCUGGGAAGACCUCACACUAAGCUGUCACAUAUAAAAGGACAUGAAGGAGAUCCCUGUCUACGAUCAUUAGACUGCAUUGAAGGGUUUUGCUGUGCUCGUCACUUCUGGACCAAAAUCUGCAAACCAGUGCUCCAUCAGGGGGAAGUCUGUACCAAGCAGCGCAAGAAGGGCUCACAUGGGCUGGAAAUCUUCCAGCGGUGUGACUGCGCAAAAGGCCUAUCUUGUAAAGUAUGGAAAGAUGCCACCUACUCCUCCAAAGCCAGACUCCACGUCUGUCAGAAAAUAUGACCACCUCUGAGGACAAGCAUCAGGAGCAGACUGUGAAUCCAUGUAUUUAAUGCAUUAUAGCAUGGUGGAGAGUAGGAUUUGGAUUUCAGAAGACGGGGUAAAAUGAGGAAUAUGAUAAGAACAUAGAUCAAAGAAAAAGGAAAUGGAAGAUCAGAAAGGGUGACAAGUGUGGUUAGUGUGUUUUCCAUCAUGCAACUUUUUUAUGUAAAUAAUGUACACAUUUGUGAAGAUGCCAUGACUAAAAAAAUAAAUAAAAGGCACACAGAGGGAUUACUGAUGAAUACCAUGUGACUUUCCAGGAGUUUAGGUUGUGCUGGAGGAUUUCUUUCACAGUGGUGAUUGCCUAUAAAAAAUAACCAUAAAGCCUUAUUUCUAUUUAAACAAAGUAUUCCCCAUAUACCCUGGCAUACAGCAGGCUCUAAAACGUGAAAAGAGGAAUCGUGUGAUGGGAAAUAAAAGCGUGGAGCACAGAGAAUCUGCAACAUAGACUCACCUUUUAAUUUGGAACACUACUUCUUACUGCUCAAUUAAAGACCUUGGUAGGAAAAAAGGAGUCAAUAUUUUCCAAAUAAUUUCAAAAUAAUCACAGGUCUUUAAUCCUUCAGGAAAAAAAAAUCUUUGUUUUUCCUUAAGCUGCUUAUUCAUAUUUUUGAAAAGUUUAAUUUCAGCUACAAUUAAUAAGAACCAGUAGAAUAAGACCAAAAUAAUCCAUUCAGAUUUCUAGAGGAUAUAAAUUGCAUCUCUUGAUUGUGCAUUAUUCCUACUCAUUUCAUUCUCCAAAUUACACUCAUUGUGAAUAACACAGAGCAGAAUUUUCAGGUUGUAAAAAUUUUAAGAUGCCCAAAGUAAAAGUUACUAGAUCAUAUUAUUCAAAGCUUUGGCAUUCCCUAUGUUAGAUAGAACUAGACAUUUACUCUUCACAUACUCUGCCGUAUAGUAAAAUUGAUAAAAGAAACGAGAUAUAUCUGUUCUGCACUGAAGCACAGCAAGGAAAUGGGGAAAACUUUGUCAACUGUCCAGUUUUGGCAACACAUGGAUCAUGUGUUUGAAGCACAAUCUGACUUUUCAUAUGUGAGGCCCAAGGCUGCACAACAUACAUGGAAAUUGUCCAUGGGAUUUGCUAUCAUAAUAUUUACUACGCAGAUAAGUUCAGUGUGAGGUAACUACUUGACCGCAAAAUAUUUCUUUUAUAUUUCUGAGGUCAUAAAAUCACCUUAUUUUGAAGAGGUCUCAUUAAAUGGACUCCAAGACAGUUAGGAUAGUAAGGUUCCAUUGCUCUUGGUAAGCUGCUUUCUAACUGGCUAACGGCACCAUCUGACUUUUUUCAGCAUCAACUCUUUCUGCAACAGCUGUGUUUUUUUGUUUUUUGUUUUUGCCAAAGAUACAGUUUCUGUCUUCUACAGCCACUGAGAUUAAAAAUUAUAAAUGGAGUAACUUGUAAAAUCUACAUUUUGCUAAUCUAUAGAAACCACAGGUUCUAAAUUUUUACAUCCAUUUUAUUACUUUUUACUCUAUUCAGAUCUAAAUAUUAUGUCUAGAGAUUAAAGCCAAAAAGUUAUCUUAUACUUUUUACUUUGGACCUUUUCUUUUAUAGACUAUAAAUCACUCCCUAGUUUUCAUUUACUUAAAGCUCAUUUGCAGUCUCAAAUUCAAGUUCUCCCAAUAGAAACUGAACCUGAGCCUGCAUGUCUAUUAAGAAUUUCACCUUCCCACAUAGAUUCACUAAUAUGAUUAAGAUUUGCAUUUUCCCCCCACAUGUCUGUUAAAACAAAAAUUAAGAACCAAAGUCUGUACAAACAGGUUUCUAUAAGCUUAGCAACGUGAAAAUGGAACAUUUCAGGGAAACAUUUCCUAUACAACAAUUACAAUUAAAAUCUGGUUUCUGCAUUAUUUCCCUUAUGUACAUCCCUUCAAAAAUUAUUAUUUGAAGUAAUUUAUUUACAGGAAAUGUUAAUGAGAUGUAUUUUCUUAUAGAGAUAUUUCUUACAGAAAGCUUUGUAGCAGAAUAUAUUUGCAGCUAUUGACAUUGUAAUUUAGGGGAAAUGUAUAAUAAGAUAAAAUAUAUUAAAUUUUUUGCCUUCAAAAAUGGAA